AUGACACGUCGAAGCGAAUCUUUCUGCACUUCCGAAUUACCCUUUGUUACUGAAGAACUCGACACGUACUUCUGGAUCUCACGAAAGCGCGGCGAUAUGGGCCCAGAGAUUCGUCGGACUAAGUCUGCGGACCCUGUCCUCCCCUCCGUGCCGCAAGUGGACGGACCGACCGAACAGCGCAAGGCCAAGAAAAGUAAGUCGAAGAAGAAGAAUAACAAUAAGAACAACAAAAACAAGGGAAAGGGCAAAGCUCUCGAGGUCGAGGUCGAGGAGAAUGUUGUUGUUGAUAGUGGCUGUGACAUGGCCAAGGAGGGACAACAACAGAAGCAGACUGAGAACGGCGAUGACCAUCGUGACAAUGUUGUUGUUGCUGCUGCUGAUACCGCCAUUGCUACUGCUGCUGGUGUCGAAGUCAAGAGUAAUAAUCUGCCUCCACCCUAUUCCAGCGCGGGAGAGGACACAAGCAUUGGCGAGCCGGCUUCUUCUGUGGUGACGAACUCGCCAGUGGCCAGAAUGGCACCAGCCGCUGAAGCAGCUUCUCUCAAGGCGAAGAUCAUGGAAGCGAUGAGAAUCCGCGACAGACUCGACCGCCAGAUCCAAGAGAAACGCAAUGCUAGUGCUCAGGCUAGCUCAUCUUGCGGGGAACAGCGGAACGCCCGGGCUGUGCCUGCGAUGUCGAGUCCUUCGUCCGCCAGCCAGCGACGACCUGAUAGUGGUAGUGUCGACAAUCUUCCGCAGAUCAACAGUUCGCAACGCAGUCCAGUGAGCGAGAUGCGUGCCACUGGCAACUUAAAUUCGCACCCUUCCACCUCAGUCGCGGACUAUUCUUCCGAAGAGGCAGUACGUACUUCGGGCACACGAUCCGAUGAACCUAACAGCCAGGACAAUUAUCGCGCUGCUAACGACAGAGAAAUUAAGCAGUAUUGUCGGGCUCACAUGCGGGCUCCCUGCCGCUUCGAUCCAAGCUGUUGUGUUCAUAAGCCCAUGCAAGGCUGUGACUGUCCACCGAGAUCGUCUUGCUGUUGUUCGCACCACAAAGGCGAUUGCUGCACUUGCUUGACAUAUCUUAAUACUGUGUCGGCCAAGAGCGACACUGAGACCCCUAGCGAUGUUGGUCAAGGUGUGGAAGGCGGUAAGGUGGUUGCUGAACGCAACACUUCUGGUGGAAAACAAAGCGUGAUGGAUGAUCAGCUCAAGAAUAUGGAGGCUUUUUCGGAGCAUCUCCUUCAACUGUUCGAAAAUCGUGAGCUGUGCGAUUUUCACUUCAAAUUGACAUCGAGCAACGGCAUGCACCAAUCCACCAUAGUCCCCGUGCAGGUGGCCGUUAUCGCUCGCAGCCCGUUCGUCGCCGCGCUUCUGCGGACUCAACUUUAUCAGCAGGGACACCGGGAGAUUGCUGCGACACUGGGUGACCAAGUCAACUUGAUACAUGGGUUCGAACAUGCAAUUCGCAACUUGUAUGGGUCACCACUUCUCCACGGCGAACGACUGAGAACCGAGGCCCUUGCAGUACUGGGUUACACCGAAGAGUCUCAAAGCAUGUACCCAUUCCCGAUCAGAACAGCCAUGCUCGAUCUAGCAUUUUCGUACGCCGCAUCUGGAGCAUUUCUCCAUAUCAGUAACAUCCUCGAAGCAGGCAUCAGAAUGGCAUUGGAGCUGAUCGACUGGAGCACUGUCGAAACAAUCAUCCACUUUGGUCUCCGCGUGGAUAGAUUCUCAAUCAUUCUGGAAGGAACCGACACUCCGCCGGGCAGUCCUCGUGCCAAGCAUACUCGGUCCGGACAUGUCCUGAUUAGAAACCGACAGCUUCGAGAGAUCUGGGCUCCAUUGCUGGCCAGGGCCGGCUUGUCAUUCAUCGCUGAGAGCAUCGAUGACAAGUUCGUCUUGUACGCUCAAGCCCAAAGCCUGCAUCUCCCAAAUCGUAUCCCAGAGAGCUUGCACACUGCAUCUGGCGCUAUUGGCUCUGAGCCAGGAUCUGCUUCCAUAAACUCAACAACGACUGAGAACAAGCCGAGCCGCGAGGCCUUGGUCGCCUCUGCUGUCCUGAUCAGUCUCCCAUUUGUCCAUCUGCAAGAGGUGUUCAGGACUUUGAGUGCUCGUCGUGUACUGUCGAACAACCUAGCACAAGCGAUAAUGAGUGAGAGGGAGUCACGACGGUUGCAGGCGCUGCGAGAGCUUGGCAGACAAGGCGAGAUCAAUGAACAAAACCUCCCCAAAGAGACGAAGGAGUUGGGGUACGGGGAGUAUCUCGUGUUCAAGAGUGUCUGCAAGCAAGGCCAAGGACCCGUGACGGUGACAACGGAAGUCAGCCUGGAGAGAGAGUGGAUUGGGUGUCGGUCGCCAGACGCCAAACAGUAG